AUUGCAUUGCAAAAUUCUGGAAAUGAGGGGUAAUAUUCAUGCUAUCAGUUUCAAUUUUUCUAUAUACGGGCCAUCGAAAUUAGCUAGGAACGCCAAUAUGUUGGAUGGAUCGACCAGCGCUAACUUCCUGGUUAAUGGACAAAAUACGCUUGGCACUCCGCCCUAGGGACGGACAAACUCCACCUCGCAAGUCGGUGCAUGAUGGGAUGACUACCGUGUUACCGGUAUUGACUAGGAGCUGCUACUAAUAGUUUUAGAGCGGGGUUAUGUAUUCAAGUCAAAAGGUUGGAUUCCCCCAAACGUUUUCAGGAGACCCUUCACACUUAUGACCUGCUAUCCGUAACUCAACCGGUCGUUACCCACGAUUAGUUGUUGACAGAGUAGUCAUUCCUCGACUCGAAUUGCCUCCUUUAAGAACAUUACCAUCAUUCCGACUCUAAUCAUUGUCAUUUUCACGCACACCUAUUUGGGAAAGGACACCUAUCGGUACCGACAUAUGGGCUUGGCCUUGACCGCAGAGAUGGAUACAUUGUCACAAAAAUUCUCGGGUCUUUGGAGGGAUACCAAAUCAGUAUUCAAAACCAAGCACAUCGAAAAAUCACAGCCAGGGCCUGCCUUCAUCGCCGAAUGGGAUUAUCAAGUGGAAAGCUCCAGUAGUUUGGGAAGCUUUUCACAUCCACCACCAUCUCCGGCAUUAUCAUUCGAGCAGCUUUCUAAAGAUUCUGAUCACGGUACUAGAGAUAAAAGAUUCGGCAUUGCGCCAACUACCUUCACUUGUUUCGGGAAACUUCCUAUGGAACUUAGAAUACUGAUUUGGGGUAUGGCAUGUGAGCAGCGGCGAAAUGUCAGCAUUGAACUCAACCCAUCUUAUAAACAAGGUGAUCUUGCCCCUGACCAAAGAAGAAACGGAUACAUCUGCACAUCAAAUACACCUCAUCCCAGUGUCUUCUAUGCGUGCAAAGCAUCGCGAGAGGAAGCUUUCAAACAUUACAGCCUCCUUUUUCGAGAGAAGCUCUUCAGCCCCAGGUUCAGUAUUGAGAUCCAGCCGAGGAUAUGGUGCAAUCUUAAGGCCGAUACUUUAUGUCUAAAGUCGUUCGGUUGGAAUGACCGAGUUUAUGAGGACUUUUUCAAGAAUCUACCCGCGAAGGAUAUGAUAAGCUCUCUCGCUUUCAACAUACAGCCACUUAUCAAUUGCAAUUCCGGUCGAUUUGUCCCCGCGGAGGUCGAUUGGUACAACAUGUUCCGCAUCGUGAAUGCUUAUGGAGCUCGUGGCCUCGAACUGCGGGAGAUUAUCUUGUACUAUGAUGUGGAAGAGAACCGAACACAUCAGCCCGUGGUGUCGGAAUUCGUGGAGCUGGACUGGAGCGUAAUGGAUUCAAAUUCGCGAAAGACGAAAGAGUUGCAGAGGGUGCAGGGAGACUUAUUGAGAGAUUUAUCUAGUUGGCCAGUUCACCGCGAGCUGUUGUUGGACAGCCGGGCAAUUUAUUUGCGGGAAAUCCAAUCGAGGUUCAAGUUGAUGGAUCUUAAGGUCAGUUAUUGAUUACAAUACUAUCGGACACCUUUGGAGGACCCAUGUAAGAAUAAGAAGUAAUUCUUUGGAAUUUCUAAUUGAUUUCAAGAACUAUAAGAUCUCUAGCAUAGAGUAGAUAGCUAUU